UUAAAAGCGACUGUCGAUGUUGUGCACCCCUCCUCCAGAAAAAAAAGAUGACGAUUCGGCGCCUGUCCCGGCCCCACCAUUUCAGGUCCCAUCAGGGCAAGCGUUCCACAGCGCCGUGGCUGCCCGCAGUGUUCGUCGAAUGGUGUAGCGCAACAGCGGCACGCACAGGCCGGCGGUGCCUGCCCAUGCUGAGGCAUGCCCCUGCUGUCGGGAAUGCGACCAGACGAGACGAACCGCUAACAAAAACAACCUCAACGUCAUCUGCCAUUGUCCAAAGAGACCACCUGAUAUCCCACGUUCAGGAACCAACGGUCAUCAUCGGUUCUGGGACAGCAAAAUCCGGGGAAAGGAAUGUUGAGCACAACGGAAACAGAGCAUUUCAACAAAAUGGCUGGGAGAGACAAUCCCGACUCCCUACUGCGUAUAGAUGUUCGCGAUGGAAAAAGAGAGCCGCCGACAUUCCAGCUUUCUCGGCAACAAACCAGUUAAAAGCGUUGAAUGCCUGUAAGGGAGACCCACUCUACCCCUAUCUGAUUCCAUGUCGCUUCCAUUCGCGAACGGGGGGGAAAGAAGGGGAAAGCGUACGAAUCUUAGCUUGUUGGGGGGAGACGGUCCAAGAAAUUCCACGAGGUUGAUAAAUGGAGAUAUCGGUUCCGUGAUCAGAGAUCUUGAAAUCUUAAAAGUUUAUUUUAAACCCCUCC